AUCGAAUAUGUGUUGAAAAAAGUAGCAAAUCAAAGGCAUAAAAAUAAAAGUUAUUUUGCAAUAGACGCAUUACAAAAGUCGUUUUAGUAUAAUUUAAGCAAAGAAAAAUUACUAAAGAACUGAAAAUUUGGAAAAAGCGGUAGUUGGGGGGAAAAUUGUGAAAGCAGACGAGUGGAAAUCGAAGUCACAGUGACGCAGAUAAGGGCGAAAAGUGAGAUUGUAAAAGACUCGCUUAGUGCCUAUUAUACGCGUAAAUAUGAGCCGUUGUGUUACGCCAGAAUGGGAUCGGAUACCUACUCUCGUAUUGGGAAACAUAUAUGAAUAUCUCGAGCAGGAUCGAUUAAAUGCAUCGCAGACAUGCCGUCACUGGCGUGGGGUGCUCUUCCAAAAGAGAUUUUUCAACAACUUCAAAUUAAAGUUGCACGUCAACAAUGAGCGGCAGUGUACGUUUUUUCGUCAAACGCUUUGUAAUUUGGCAACUGAAGUAACGCUCAUAUUUGAUUUUCUAAAUGUUUUCCAUAUCGAAAAGAUAAGGCGUAUCCUCUAUAGGAUUGCACGUUGUGAUAAUUUGCAAGGCCUACAUUUUUACACUAACAAUGUUGGCUUAAUCCCACCUGGCGAUAUAAGUGAAGAGAGCCUUGUCGACAUUGAACAAUGCUUUGUGGACGUGAAAAUGUUUUUAAAUCGCAAAAAAUAUCCAUGCCAAAUUUUGGAUUUAGGUGCAAUCGAAGCUUUAACCUACUACGGUUUAGAUGUACUAAAAGCUUUAAGCAAACCUGAAGCAUUACAGCAGCUAACAUUGGCUUCGAUUAAAUUCGAUCCUAGUCAUUAUCCCAUAUUUACCUUAGAAACUACUUUGCUGCAAAAGUGCACAUCACUACAGGUUUUAUCACUCGAUUACGAUACCCUCAACGACGAGCUACUGCGUGCCAUGGAAAUUCUACCCUUGAAAAAGCUCUUAAUUUGUAUACAUGGCUUGGAUCGUCAGCAUCCUGGUAUUUCCGAUAUAGCUUGGACUAGAUUUGGUGCCUCCUUUCCGAAUAUCGAAUUAAUUGUAUCUUUAGUGUACGCCUUCGAAGCCGUGGAAGUGCUGCAAGUGCGCAUAUUGCGUCACAAUAUGCCAAUAACACAUUUGAGAGUAUUAUUUUGUGACUUUAUGAACGUCGAGGCCUUAGAGUGGAUGUCGGUCAAUAAUAGCAAUACACUGAAGAGUAUCCAGUGGAUAGAUUCAGCCUACAAGCAUUCCGAUAAAAAUGUGAUGGAUUUAUUUUUACGCUCCGGGCAAGAUCCUUUCGUAAUGAUGUCUUGGCGUUGCAAAAACUUAGAGGAAAUCGUUAUACAUGGCUAUGUGCUAGAUCCACACAAUAUUGUUGGGAUUUCACGCCUUCGUGGCCAUACACUCAAACGCCUAGAAGUAUCUAUGAUCGAUAACACUCCCACAGAAGCAAGCAUGGAUUCAUUUAUUGAAGAAAUCAAUACAUUGCUUGGUCAAAAAUGGGAGCCUCUCAAUCCAAAUACUUUACAUCCUGCACUCGGUUACAUACCAGUGUCAGAUGAUGUACGUGAUGAAUACGUUUUCGAUCUCAUGCGUCGUGAUAUGGGCUACUAAAAUAUAAUAAUUGCACCAACUCAUACCACAAUUUUUAUGCAAAUUUAGGUUUACUGUAGUUAUAUUAUCAAAAACACAAGUACGUAAAAGCAUACAUGUUCGAUAUGGCAGAACAUGUGCGGGUGUGCAAAAAUGACGCUCACAAGGAAAAAAUACCUUAAGAAUCAAGCGUCAAAAAACAACAGCAACCAAAGUCAAACGAAAGUGCGAUCAUAAAGGCUUUGCAGUGAUAUUUUAUUUCUAUAAUUUUAAAACUACAUCAGUCCAGGCAAAGAAAAAACAAAACUAAUGAACAUUAGCUAAAAUGAACAUCAUUUAAGUAUUGCAAAGAAAAAAAAAAAUCAACAACAAUAUCUUAUAUAAAGAUUAGAGUUAUAAAAGAACACUAAAACGAAAAAUGGAGAAGCAUCAAAACUCAAUUACCUACGUAUUCAUAAAAACUAACAAAUAUAUUUAGGCGAUAAUAGUUUAAGGAAAAACAAUAACAACUACUCCUGUGAUAAAGGAGAAAAUAAAUUAAUAUGUAUGCACAUAUACAAUAAUACAAUAUUGAUUGGUGGCUCAAGUGCAACGUUAAACAUACAAAGAUCCUUAAGAAGAAAUCACGCAUUGCUCCCAAAAAAAAAAACAACAACAAACAAUUGAAUUGUAAUGGAGACCAAGUACAAUUGUUACCACAUUUGGUUUUUUUUACCAUCAAUAACGAUGAAAAAGAAAUGCCAUAAACACGAAAAACGAAAUAGCGUGGAAAUCUAACAAGAAGGCAUAGUCUAGUUGUGCUCCUAUAUUAAUCAAGAAAGCAUUCUAACUUAAUUUUUUUAUAUUUAUUAUGUGUGCAUUACACAGGCUUAAUGUAACAACAAGAACAAUGUAGAUUUCAUCCCAAUCUGCGUAUGUAACUUUAUUCAUAAUUUUUUAUAUAGACAUAUGUACGUAUACAAACCAAUAAGCAAUGUGUUUAUAACUGCAACACGAACAUAUAUUCCAUAUUACUUUAUUUCUUCGCUUUAUAAAAAAUAAUCUACUUACAUACUACAAUGAAAUUAAAUUUACUUGAUUUAUAGUUGAUUAUGCUUGGUUCAAUCAUGAAAAAUGGCAUAUUUUUAUAACGAAAAAAUUGAAGUGCACACCGGUUCAAUUUACGCCUACGGCCGAAAAGUUUAUUGUAUUUAUGCUCAUUUAUGUAAUCUUAAAACUUUUGAUUGCAUAAAAUUUACAAUACUAGACUAAUAUUAUUUAAGCCAAUGCUUAACGCUAAAAAAAAUAUAAGUUUAUUGUUAUUAUUAUUAUUAUUCCAAUCGAUGUCAAAAGCAAAUUUUUCGAAAUUAUAACACCAAAGGGGGAUAGAAUUUAUGCAUAUAUGAGCAAAUCCCACGAGUGGUUCACCUACCUUAGAAAAUACACUAUCUUCAGUUUUGUAUAGAGAACAAGAUUCCAUCGCGAAAUUGUAUUUAAAUGAAAACUUAAAAAAGAUAUACCAAAAAAGUAGAAAUAACCACAAUGCACAAUUUGUAAAAAUGGAAUUUUAGUUUUUCAAAUCAUCUUUUACUCAGUGUAAUUAUUUUUCAUUUGGUGAGACUUGAGGAUAGUCUUAUACUAAAUUCGUUCGUUUGGAAAGAAGCACAUUUUCACCGUUAAAAAAAAAUUGUUUAAUUUCAAAAAUUACAAGAUAGCUGCGACAGAUAUUCUACAUGCUGCCAUUUUUUUUAUUUUCGUGGUGCACUCUUGAAACUUCACACUUAUGUUUUAUAUGAGGCCAACUUUCAUUGCCUCUAACAUGAACAUUCUAUUUGAAAACUUUCCAAUGCUAUUUAAAAAAUAAAUAUAUGAUCCUUUCGAGUGGCAAUACAAAAAUGAUCAAUUUCGUUACUUUUUUGCCUAAAAACAUUUUAAGGGUAAAAUUAUUCAAAUACUUAAAAUAUUUUGUACAAAUACAAGAAGAAUGUUUUUNUUUUUUUUUUUCUUGCCGAGAGAAGGGAAUGACACUAAAAAAAAAACAACUCGUGGGAUUUGCUCAUAUGCACAUAUAUAUUAUAUAUAUAUAUAACAUCGAGUAUUAAGCAGAAACGCACACGAAAUAGAAGAGACAAAGCUGCUUGGAGCCCUUUCUACACCUGCCAUAGGCGCUCUUUCGUAGUAAAAUUAAAAAAUACUUAUACUAUUUUGUGAUUUCUUUUUUUAUGCAGAAUUUAAUGCAGCUCUAAAGGUUAUCUAACAGUGUAAUUAAAUAUAGUUCAUAAUAAUUUUGUUAACUGCAUUUUAAGUCCACAUUACACACAAGCGACAUACAUAAAGACAUCAUUCUAAUUAAGUUCAAUGACACGAACAUGAAAAACAAAAUGAAAAUCUGUAAGGUAGAUGCAUUUUUUUUG